AAAAAAAAUGAUAGGAUUUCAAACACAUCCUGGAAAAAUUUUAAAAUGAAUGUUCAAAACGUAAACAAAUAAAUAUAUUUACACAUAAAUAAUAUAAUAUGGUUUAAAUAAUAAUUAUUUAAGAAAUAUGGUAAAGACUUAUCGUGUAGUGGUUUUUGGCGUAAAAAGCGUCGGGAAAACUGCAAUAUUAGAACAAGCGAUUUAUGGACAUUUCAGUCAACACUAUAAAUUAUGGCCCACUAUCGAAGAUAUAUACCAAGCCUAUAUUGAAACAGACAAAGGACUACGAGAACAAGUUCGAUUUUACGACACGGCCGGAUUGGAUUUAACUCAAUUACCUGAAGUGGGUUUGUACUCAAAUCCUGAUCCUUCUCUUGUAUUGUCGUUUGGUCAAAUCGCUAAACAAUAUGCGUGUGUUGCGGAUGCGUUUAUACUAGUAUACGACACUAGUAGGCCAGAAACCUUCGACUGUUUGGUUACAUUAAAAAAAGAAAUUGAUAAAAAUAAAGAAAAAAAAGAUGUGUUUUAUGUAAUUUUGGGACAUAAAAUGAGGGAAAUUGAUAUCAAAGCUCCGACUUUAGAGUGUCCUACAAGUCGAGCUUCUCAUUGGUCCAUCAGAGAAAAAAUGAAACAUUUCGAAGUAAACGCAUUGGAUCGUAAUACAUUGUUUGAACCAUUUAUGUAUAUUGCUACCAAGUUUAAUUCUACACAACCAAAAAGUAGUUUUCCACAAUUAGUAAGAAAGAAUACUCAACAUUGAUAUUGUUUUAUUCAUUUGUUUUUUUUAAAGUUAAUUGAAAUGAAAAUCAUAACUUCAUUCUUAACUUUCUAAUCAGAUAAUGUUUUAACGCUUUCUUGCAUGAUUGGACUUUUGAGUCUACCACUAUAAAACGAUUUUGUGUCCAAAAAAUUGUUUACGUUAUACAUAUUUUUUUGGUGAAUUAACUCAAAAGUCCCAUCAGACAAUAAAUAUAUUUUAGUUAUUAGUAAGUAUAUUUUAAUAUACUUUUAUAAAGGCUAUAUAAACAUUAUUUAAUUAAAAUAUUAAAUGUUUAAGAGUUUAUAUAUUAUAUUAUAUUUUAUAACGACGAAUGAUUGAAAAUAUAAAUUUUAAGAAAAU